AUGCCUUUGCUUCCUCCUCUUACUCUUCUCAGUGGCCAAGAGCCAAAAAAAUUAAGUGCCCUCCAUCCAUAUAAGAACUUGGUAUUCUACUUUCAUGAUAUACGCUACAAUGGCCAAAAUGCUGCCAAUGCCACCUCGGCCAUUAAGGAGGUCGACACGGCAUGGCUAGUCUUCACCUUUGUGUUCAACUCAACAGAGCUGAAGGGGACCAUGAACUUUCUCGGUGCAGAUCCUAUCACGAACAAGACAAGGGAUAUCCCUGUGGUUGGCGGCAUGGGAGACUGCUUCAUGACUCGAGGGAUUGCCACGUUGAUGACUGAUGCAUUUGAGGGUGGAAUCUAUUUUUGCCUUCGUGUUGAUAUCAACCUGUAUGAGUGUUACUAA